AUGCAACAAGUGAACUUGAAGAAGCUAAUCAGCAGGGACAAAUUGGAUGAUCAGGGAACAGAGGGAGCUCGCUUGAGUGCAGCGGCCUCUCAUGCUGUGAGGACCUUUGGCGGUGUUGCUGUGGAAGAGCUCCGUGAUGAGCUCUUGCCGCCUCCCACACCGCUUUCUCAGAGGUGCACAGGCGCUGCGGAAGGGCCGCGGUCGUUGGUCGGGGCGUGCUCUUUCCAGAACCAGGGCAAGAACGGGGAGAAUCAGGAUAGCUGGAUUGCGGCAGAGAGCGGAACCAAGAGCUUGCUGGCCGUCCUGGACGGACAUGGCGAGCAAGGCAAGCGCGUCUCCGAGUACGCACGAUCGCAGCUAGCCAGGAGUCUCUAUGCUAACAAGGAACUCUACACAAAGCCAGCAUCCGCACUCCAAAGUGCAUAUGCGGAAACUCAGAAAGGGAUCGAGCGCAGCCAUGCCAUCGAUGCGCAACGCUCCGGAACUACAGCCGUGAUCUGCUAUCGUCAUCGUGACAAGCUGGUCGUUGCCAAUGUCGGUGACUCCCGGGCAGUACUCGGGCGAUGCAGCUCACGCGAGGGCGAUGGCUGUUUGCACGGCCUGCGUGCUGUGGACUUAUCCAGCGACCAGCGGCCUAUGCGGGAAGAUGAGCGGCAUCGGAUAUUGCAACAGGGCGGGGCUGUCCAUCCAAGCGCCAUACCAAUGCGGCAAGGCUUCGGCCCUCCUGUCUUGGUCCGCGUUGGUCCCGAGCGAGUCUGGGACAAGACCGGCCGAUGCGGCCUCUGCGUUACGCGCUCACUAGGAGACUUGUCAAUGCAUCCCUUCGUCAUCGCUGAGCCAGAGGUCACUGAAAGGAUGAUCUCCUCCAAAGACAAAGUUCUCAUCCUCGGCAGCGAUGGAGUAUGGGAUCGUUUGAACUCGCAGGAGGCUGUCGACAUUGCAGCGCGGCAUUCCGAUCCCAAUGCGGCUGCGCGGGAAAUCGCCAGCAUAGCGCGACAACGCUGGCAUGCGGAGACUCAAGGCCAGCUUUCCGAUGACAUCACCGCGGUGGUGAUGCAUCUAGAGCAUGGCGAUAGCACUGCGCGGACAAUGCCAACAUCCCGCCCCGCAUCAAAGCCUCCACGGCUGCUGCCGGAGACGCGUCUCAGGCCAGCGUGA